GCGGUUCUUUGGCCAACUGCACAUCUUCCGGAGCCAGCCCAUCUCCCCCGCCCAGCUCCGCGGACUGGACCCCGGCGGUGAAGCCCGAGCGGGGGGUCGCACCCACGGCUGGAAGCCCGGCGGGGAGCCGCAGAAUUUUGAGGAUGUCAGAUGCAAAUGUAUCUGUCCUCCCUAUAAAGAAAAGCCUGGGCAUAUUUAUAAUAAAAACAUCUCUCAAAAAGAUUGCGACUGCCUGCACGUCGUGGAGCCCAUGCCGGUGCUGGGGCCUGACGUAGAAGCGUACUGCUUGCGCUGCGAAUGCAAAUACGAAGAGAGAAGCUCCGUCACCAUCAAGGUUACCAUCAUCAUUUAUCUGUCCAUUUUGGGCCUUCUGCUUCUGUACAUGGUGUAUCUCACCCUCGUCGAGCCCAUACUGAAGAGGCGCCUCUUCGGACACUCACAGUUGAUACAGAGCGAUGACGACGUCGGGGAUCACCAGCCUUUUGCAAAUGCCCACGAUGUGCUGGCCCGCUCCCGCAGUCGGGCCAACGUCCUGAACAAGGUCGAGUACGCGCAGCAGCGCUGGAAGCUUCAAGUUCAAGAACAGCGCAAGUCUGUCUUUGACCGACACGUUGUCCUCAGCUAACUGGUAAUCAAAUUCAAGGUGACCAGAAAAAAACGAGCCAGACAGAUGGGAAGAACUGACCGAGUUUUCCUAGGUUUUAUUUGAUACCCUGUUGUUUUUACCAACUCCUGCUGGAAGACUCACGGUUGGAAGCAAACACAAAUGCUUGGGGUUUGUUCCUUGUUAAUGUAUUAAUAGAGACAUUUUUAAAAGCACACCAUUCAAAGUUAGCCAAUGAGCCUUUUCCUACUUGUGACUUUUACUAAUAAAAUUAAAUCUGCCUGUGAAUUAUCUUGAAUUCCUUUACCCAGAACAAGCAUUUCUUUUCACCACACAGUUAACUUUAUUUUCAAGAUAAUUUUCAGGUGUUUUGUGGUGUUUUGUUGUAGUGAGAGAAAUGGAAAAAUGCCAGGUAAGUGCUUGACACUUUUCAUGAGUUGUUUUACUAAAUGAACUUUGUAAAUAGACCAUACCUUCUAUUUUCAAACUUGUGAAUAUUUUCCGGUGUAGCUAGCCUCAUCCAAGUGCUGACUUAGCAUUCGACUUUGGCACUGACUCUGACUUCGGUGUCUGGUGGCCUGUGGCUGCAUGUCGUAGCCAGUGGAUCUGGAACGCCUGCUGGCUCUUCACAGGCGGCAAGUGUAGCUCAUGCACCGUGACGUCUGAUCAGCGCAUCCCACAGCAAACCAGCCAAGGCUGGUUUACUCUCACGACCAAACCCAGUCUCGUGUGUGGGCUUCCUCACCUCCUCCUAGUGUCUUUAAGGACUUGGAACCUCCAAUAAAGAAAUUUCUCUUAUACUGAAGCUUCCCUGGGUGGAUGACAUGCACGUAUUGGUCAGCAUAUCCGGCUGUGUUGAGAGGCAGCUCUUUGAGCCCUAACCCGACUGGGUUCUGGUUGCCUCACUCUGAGAAGCACAGUAGUUAUUGGGUAACUGGCUUUUUUCUUUCUAAUGUCCUCUUUGGAAUGUAAUAAUAAAAGUAAUUUUUGGAACAACUA